GUCGUCGGCCGAGUAUAGUCUGUGCGCUCGUCUGUGCUGUCAGUUUAAUAAUUCAAGGUUGAACAAGUUUUUAACGAGAGAACAAAAUGAGGACUCUGGCAGUUUUGUGUCUCCUGGCGCUGGUAUACGGAGCCCUCGCCAAGAAUAAGAAGGGAGAUGAUCAUAAGGUGAAGAUAGCGGUUUACUACGAGUCGCUCUGCCCCGACAGCAAGCGGUUCAUCACCACACAGCUGGCACCAGUAUGGAGGGACUUCCGUGGAGUCGUCAAGGUCAAGAUGGUGCCAUACGGCAAGAGCACGCACGAUAAGGUGAACGGUAAAUGGCAGUUCUUGUGCCACCAUGGACCUGAUGAGUGCUACGGCAACAAGAUCCAGGCUUGUAUCCUGAAGGACCGUAGCCUCCAGGACACGGAGAAGAUGGAGCUGGUCAUCUGCCUCAUGAACCAGUCCAACCCUGACAAAUCUUUGGACACGUGCCUAACCCAAAUCAACAAGGAAUCUGAAUCAGUCAAGUUGAAGCGAUGCGCGUCGUCUGAACAAGGAGACAAUCUGCUUGCAGCUUACGGUGACAAGAGUGAUGCUGUACAGCGCCCUCUAAGUUUUGUUCCCACCAUUAUUGUCAAUGAGAGAUUCGACCAAGCUGUACAAGAUGAAGCCUUUACCGACUUAAAGUCGGUCGUGUGUCGCGUCGCAACUAACAAACCAUCCAUUUGUUAAACAAAAACAAUUUCUACUCAUAAAUAAGUAAUUAAAAACACUAAAACAAAUCAUAUCUCAAGUCAACCUUUAAAUUAAAAUCCGCCAUUUGUCGACCAUAAUGUCAGUAUAAAAAGGGCGGCAAUUUUGACGUACAAAGUAUUUUUUAAUUUUUAAUUAUAUUUGACUGACUUUCUCGUCCUCUUCCCUUAAUUAUGGGAUUGGCAAAGUUUUUUACGUAGAAUUUUACAAAACAAACGACUAAUUACAUGGUUCUUUUAAAUAUAAAUCAUUGAUUUGACCACAUUCGCUCCGUACUCACUUUAAAUAAGAUAUUCGUUACAGUUUCAUGGUUAUUUAUGGACAAAAGAGUGCAUAAUUUGUAUUAGUUAAUGACUAACACAGGAUAAGUACAAGCGCACACGAAUUUAAAAACGUUUGCUCGCAAUUACGGAAUGAAUAUUAGGG